AUGGAUCGCAGAUGGUACAAUGAUAAACAGGAAACAAGCACCCACAAUAAACAGCAGCUUGACAAAGAGCAGGACUCUCUUAUGGAGGAUUUUGCAGAGGAUUUUCGGUUGCCGAAGAAUCACAGACCCACAGAAAAUGUUGAUCUUGACAACGUUGAACAAGCAUCACUGGACACUAGUUUGACAGCAUCAAAUAUUGGUUUUAGGCUACUUCAGAAAAUGGGAUGGAAAGGAAAGGGUCUCGGAAAGGAUGAGCAGGGAAUUGUUGAGCCUAUAAAAUCUGGUAUUAGAGAUCCAAAGUUAGGAAUUGGAAAACAAGAAGAAGAUGAUUUUUUCACUGCAGAAGAAAAUAUUCAGCGAAGGAAACUUGACAUCGAGGUUGAAGAAACUGAGGAAGACACAAAAAAGCGGGAGGUAUUAGCUGAACGGGAGCAGAAAAUUCAAACUGAGGUGAAAGAGAUUCGGAAGGUGUUCUUUUGUGAUCUUUGCAACAAGCAAUACAAAUUGGCUAUGGAAUUUGAAGCUCAUCUGAGUUCAUAUGAUCAUAAUCAUAGAAAGCGAUUUAAGGAAAUGAGAGAGAUGCAUGGUACUAGUAGUCGUGAUGAUCGGCAAAAGCGGGAACUGCAACGACAGGAGAGGGAGAUGGCUAAGUUUGCACAGAUGGCAGAUGCUCGUAAACAGGAGCAGCAGAUGCAGCAACAGGAAGAAUCUGGGUCUGCACAGAUUUGUACUUCGCAGAAAAGUGUAACUGCUCUUGUGGAUCAGGAUCAGCGGAAGGCACUAAAAUUUGGGUUUUCUUCUAAAGGUGGCAUUUCAAAGAACUCAUCUGCAAAAGCUGCAAAGAAGCCGAAAUCAGUAGUAGCCUCUGUCUUCAGCAAUGACAGCGAUGAAGAACAGUGA